GCGGGGGCGGCGCUUUGUGUGCGACUGUGGGCCGGGGGCUGCGGGGCGCGGGCCGCGGCGGGCGGCGGCAUGGAGGAGCUGAGCAGCGUGGGCGAGCAGGUCUUCGCCGCCGAGUGCAUUCUGAGCAAGCGGCUCCGCAAGGGCAAGCUGGAGUACCUGGUCAAGUGGCGCGGCUGGUCCUCCAAACAUAACAGCUGGGAGCCAGAAGAGAACAUCUUGGACCCAAGGCUGCUCCUAGCCUUCCAGAAGAAGGAACAUGAGAAGGAGGUACAGAGCCGGAAGAGAGGCAAGAGGCCCAGGGGCAGGCCGAGGAAACACACAGUCAUGUCUAACUGCAGCCGGCGAUCUAAGCUCAAGGAACCAGAUGCUCCCUCCAAGUCCAAAUCCAGCAGUUCUUCCUCCUCCUCCUCAUCCUCCUCCUCCUCUUCAGAUGAAGAAGAGGAUGACAGCGACCUGGACUCCAAGAGGGGCCCCCGGGGCCGUGAAACCCACCCAGUGCCUCAGAAGAAAGCCCAGAUCCUGGUGGCCAAGCCCGAACUCAAAGACCCCAUCCGCAAGAAACGAGGACGCAAGCCUCUGCCCCCAGAACAGAAGGCAGCUCGGAGACCCGUAAGCCUGGCCAAGGUGCUGAAGACCUCCAGGAAGGACCUGGGGACGGCAGCCAGUAAGCUGCCCCCUCCACUCAGUGCUCCCGUGGCCGGCCUGGCAGCCCUGAAAGCCCACACCAAAGAGGCCUGCAGCGGCUCCAGCACCAUGGCCACCCCGGAGAACCUGGCCAGGCUGAUGAAAGGCAUGGCUGCGAGCCCCAACCGCGGUGGCAUCAGCUGGCAGAGCUCCAUCGUACACUACAUGAACCGCAUGAGCCAGAGUCAGGCUCAGGCUGCCAGUCGACUGGCACUCAAGGCCCAGGCCGCCAACAAGUGCAGCCUCGGACUGGACCUGAAAAUGAGGACACAGAAAGGGGUUGUAGCGGUGAGUCCUCCAGGGAGCAAGGUCCUAAAGGCCCCUGGCGGCGGCGGGGCUGCAGAGCAGCAGAAAGGGAACAGCAGUUCGGGGGGCCCAGGUUCCCAGCUGGCCCCGACUCAGGAACUGAGCCUUCAGGUCCUAGACUUACAGAGCGUCAAGAAUGGCGUGCCUGGUGUGGGCCUGCUCUCCCGCCACGCCACAGCCACCAAGGCCAUUCCAGCCACCAACCCAGCCACGGGGAAAGGUCCUGGGGCCAGCCCCACAGGAGUAAACGUGACCAGCACGCCCACAGACACCAGCAAAGGCGAAAAAAUGGCCUCCAAGGCUACAGCUCUGCCCACCCCUUCGGUCAGGAGGGACAGGGUUAAGUGCGUUGCUGCCUCCAGCGGGCAGGAGAGCCGCGGGGUCCCAGGAGAAGGCCGCAAGGCACCUGCUCUGUCUGAGGUGAGCACGGGAGAGGAGAAUAGCAGCUCGGACUCGGACCCUGACUCAUCCUCACUCCCCGCUGCCGGCCAGAAUCUGUCGGUGUCUGUUCAGACCAGUCAGGACUGGAAGCCUACCCGCAGUCUCAUAGAGCAAGUGUUUGUCACAGAUGUCACGGCCAACCUCAUCACUGUCACGGUGAAGGAAUCGCCCACCAGCGUGGGGUUCUUCAACCUGAGGCAUUACUGAGGCCCCUGCCCGAGUCUGACCCGCCCUCCAGUCUCUGGUAUUGCCCUGAUGCCCUGCCUGACCUGGGGGCCAGCUCUGCCCUGUCUUGACACUUAGGGCUGGGAACUGGUUUCUCUGGUGAUUCUACCUCUCUGGGCCUCCUCUGUCCUGUUGCCUCAGGAAAUCUGGUUGGCCUCUGGCUGCUUGAACAAAACGUCUUCAGUACAUGCCCCUCCUUGGCCUAGUAAGACCCUCCCCCACCUUAUUAGCCCAACUACUGUCAGGUGGUUUGGGGAGCGGCAUCUGAUAAAGCUCCCUCCCCAACCCAGUAGGGAGAAAGACAGCCAGGCCAGACCUUCUCCCCAGCCCAACAAUGGCAGCCUUUGGUGACCUGGGUGGCGGUUCUGUCCUUGGCAGGUGAGGCUGUGGCCUCAUUAUGAAAGGAUAAUUCGUUGUGAAGUUGGGCUCAGGGACUCUGUGGAAGUCUGCAGAACCCUGUGUAACUCUUCAAAGUGUCUGUCUCUGGUGCUGUGUCAUCUCUGGCCACAAUUGUGGCCCCAAAGUCCAGCCAGGGUUUGGAGGGUCUCAUUCCAGCAGUCAGAUGUACCUCAGUGCUACUGGAUUUGGGAACAGAGGAGUCUGACAUUACUGCCACCUUCCUGCAAGCAGGCCCGAGCCCCAGUGAGAAGUGACCCUGUCCUGCUCUGGAUCCAGACCUGCACCCCUGCUCAGGCCCACUAGAGUGCGCCCUAGUUCCGAGGGCUGAAACCAGAGAAGGCUGAAGUGGGUGGGAGCUCAGAGUGUUGGGAUGCCGGGCAGGACAUCUUCCCCACUGUUGGAGUUUGAGUUAACUAGGGCUGGAGGAGUCAGCCUCUGAGUAACUCCAGGGCAGGAAUUCAGGUGCCUCACACAGGCCUGCCCCCUGCUGCCUGUCUAGCCUGGGUGCCUCUAGACUGUCAUGCGAGCAUUUUCUGUAGUGGAUCCUGGUGCAGAGAAAGCCCUGCCUGUUUGAGUGGGCUGUUCUGGAGUACCAUUUUCCAUGACAAUCCUCUCCCAUUUUUGGGAGCCCAUGACUCCUUCCUGAGAAGCAAUAUCCCCUGUGUGGUGGGACAGUUUGGCAGCCCACCUGGCACGGGGUCCUAAUUCUUCCCCCAUCCUCAGGAGAGAAUCCCAGUUCUGAGCCUUCUAGAUGCCUUCUCCCUGUCCCCCAUCCCAGGUAGCUAUCUUAAAACUACCUUGUCAGAUUGCUGGCCAAGAUCAGGAUUUCUGUCCUGGAAUAUCACCUUGGGGCCAUGACAAUCUGGUCAGAGUCUGUGAUGCCAAAAAGUGGGGGUGGUGUGACCCCCUUGUCUCUCCUCCUGCCGUUGACUGGUCAGCCUGCAGGUGUGUGUGCCCUUCAUUCCUGUUGCCUUGAAGGGAAGACUCCCCUUCCAAAACCAGCCCAGACAGUGAGCGGGCUGUGGUAUCCGGGACCUGCCACACUUUCAAAGAGCCCUCCCCCACCCAGUAGCUCACCCCACACACCAAAUAAUCAAUGGUCUUUGUGUAACCAAACCAACCUCAACACUGUGCCUUUUGGGACAGACCCAUACCCGUGACUCCUGAGAGAGGCCCAUGGUUUGUAGCCUCUGGAUCCAGCACCAAGGAGUUAUACCACUGGGGAGAAUUCAGGGCCAGGAAGAGGGCAGCAAGGCGGAAGAGUUGCCUACUGGGCCAUUAGCCUCCCUUCCUGUCCUCAGCCAGGAUCCUUUGCUGCAAGGUUUGCAGCUUCUUCUAUACCAGACACUGCCUUAAAGGCACCUCCAUGCCUUUUGGGGGUUCCACGAGCUGUUGGAGAAACGACCAUGUUUGGGGACCCAGGUUGACUGGCUUUGCUACCUGGUCUCCAAACCCCAAUUUGGUGCCUUUUAUUUUUACCGGUUAUUUCAGUCCCAAAGUUGAAAUCUACAAAUACCUUCCUCCCAGCUACUUUGCCUUGUGUGUUCUUCCUGGUGCUGUGACCCCAGUGUCUAUGUUACAAAGUGUAUGUGUGUAGCGUGCCCACAUGAGAACCCACUGGAGAGGCACACCACGUGUUCUGAGUUGAGUUCUCAUGUUUACCAAUAAAUAAAAGUAGUUGCUUUUU